AUGGAGAUGGGACAGAGUGCAGUAAUGGAGUGUUCAGCAGAGGGAAAUGGGAUGCCUGUUUUCUCUUGGGUUCGUCAAGAUGGCAAUCCACUCUCCUCUGAUAUCGUCCUACUUGGAGAGAGUAACCUCCUGAUCAAGCACAUUCAGGCCCACCAUGCUGGAGUUUAUGUGUGCAGAGCCAGCUAUCCGCACAGUCAGCAUUUUGUUACCACUUCGGCCCAACUACAAGUUCUAGUGCCCCCAUUUAUUACGCAACCACCAGAGAUCAUUGCCCGAGCCCGGGCUGGCACAGCUCGUUUUGCUUGCAGCGCUACUGGAGAUCCGGAACCCAUCAUCACCUGGCUGAAAAAUGGACAUCAACUUUCUUCAAACGGGAGAGUGAGGAUUCAGUCAAGGGGCAGCCUGGUGAUCACACAGAUCGAUCUGGAGGAUGCUGGGUACUAUCAAUGUGUGGCUACGAACAUACUGGGCAGUGCUUGUGCCACAACCAGACUCCAUGUGACAGUCCAGGAUGGUCUACCUGGUCCACCACAAGACCUAAGAGCUCUGGCUGUGACCAGCAAGACAGUCACGGUGACCUGGGAGAGACCGAAGAGCAACUGGGAGAGGGUCAUUGGCUUCUCUCUGCAUUACACUAAGACAGGCGGUUCUGAAAAUAUGGAGUAUCAGUUUGCAGUUAAUAAUGACACCACAGAGCUGAAUGUGAAAUACCUGGAGCCCGGGACCAAUUAUACCUUUUAUGUUGUCGCUUAUUCUCAGCAAGGAGCCAGCCGUGCCUCAGAGCCCCUGGUGGUACAGACAUGGGAUGACGUUCCAGCAGCUGCCCCCAUGUUGUCACUGAUCGGUGAGACGCCUGAGGAUAUCCAUGUUAAAUGGCUCCCUCUUCAGCCCGAGCUGACCAAUGGCAUCAUCACCAAGUACCGCAUUGAAUACACCACGCUGAAAGAUGGUGUGGUCUCCAUGGUAGAAGUUGGAGGAAAUGAGACCGGGGUUACGCUCUCUUCCCUGCAGCCCGGUACGGUAUAUAAAGUGCGGAUUUCAGCCAGCACCUCGGCAGGAUACGGGGCGCCCUCUAUCUGGGCGCUGCAGCGCACUCCAGAAAGAGUCAACCAGUCACAAGUGGAGCAGGCACAAGUCCAACUGAAAGUCAUCGCCCACACCGAUUCCUUAUUUGUCAGCUGGCAGCUGCCCCGUGCCGACCUCCUGAUCACUGGUUACCGGCUUUAUUACCGUCGGGUGUGUCCUACCCCAGAUCCUGCUGUAUCCUGUCCAUGGCAAGGGAAGAAUGACUGGGACCGCGGGCCAAUUAAACUGAAGAAGAAGAGGAAACAAUAUGAGAUAACUGAUCUCGUUCCUGGACAGCUGUACCAAGUCCGGCUGGUGACAUACUAUAAGAAGCAAGAAAUGCAGACCGUCAUGUGGGAGGGAAGAACCAGACAGAUUCCAACUGCCCCACCAGAUUUUAAAUCCCAGCGGAUCCCACCACUACCACCCAGCCAUAUCCAGGUGGAACCCAACAGCUCUACCUCUGCAUGGGUGAAAUGGAGGAAGCCCAUAAUCAGCAGCAAGAUUGUGAAUUAUACUGUACGUUGUGGGCCAUGGGGAACCAAGAACGCCUCGCUGUUCACCUAUCACAGCAGUGUUGCGGAGGAGAUCCUGAUCGGUGGCCUGAAGCCGUACACCAGGUAUGAAUUUGCAGUGCAGUCGAUUGGAGCCGGAGUGGACGGACCGUACAGCAACAUCGUAGAAAAGAUGACCCUUCCAGACAGACCAUCCUCUCCUCCAGCUGACCUGGUGCUCCAAUCGUUGUCACACUCAUCAGUCCAGGUACACUGGCGCCCCCCUUUGGAGUCAAAUGGAGUAAUCAUGCAGUAUUUGAUUCUGUACACUGCCAACAGAAGCCAUCCUGAUGAUAUGUGGACUCUUUUAACCAAGGAAGGCAAUGUAUUCAGUACAGACGUUCAAGAUUUACAAAGCGGGGCAAAAUAUUAUUUCAAGAUGGGUGCCAAGACAGCAUCAGGCUGGGGGCCAUACUCCAAUGUGGUAGAGGUGGAGACACUGCCUCCGAGACUGCCAGGUGGGUAA